UUUGUGGUGGGACGCUUUUCAGUUCCAUUCGAGAUGUCGAGCAAGCCGGUCCUGUACACGCACACUAUUAGUCCCGCUGGCCGUGCGGUCGAGCUGACCGUGAAGGCGUUGAACCUUGACGUCGAUGUUCGCGAGAUGAACGUCUUCAAGGGUCAGCAUAUGAGCGACGAGUUCAAGAAGCUAAACCCCGUCCAAACGAUCCCAACGCUGGACGACAACGGGUUCGUGCUGUGGGAUAGCCACGCCAUCAUGAUCUAUCUGGCGCGCCGUUACGGUGCCGACUCCGGUCUCUACACGGACGAGUACGAGCAGCAGGCGCGCAUCAAUGCGGCCCUCUUCUUCGAGAGUUCGAUCCUGUUCGCGCGGCUCCGCUUCUGCACGGACAAUCUGACCGUGCUGGGCAAGAGUGCGAUACCGGAGGAGAACCUGCAGCGUGCGCUGGAAGGGCUGCAGCGGCUGGAGAGGAUGCUGCAGUCGGAGUAUGUGGCCGGCGAUCAGCUGACCAUUGCGGAUCUGAGCUGCGUAAGCAGUGUGGCCACACUGCACCUGAUGCUGAAACCGUCGGCGGAAGAGUUCCCCAAAACGUUCGCCUGGAUGGAACGAUUGUCGAAGUUGCCGUACUACUGGGAGGUGAUGGGCCCGGGGCUUAAAGCGGCCGGAGAGCUGAUGCAGACGCUUGGUAGCAAGAACAGUGCUGAUGGUGGUACUGAUGGUAACUAGAAGCGCAGUAGGCAGUGGAACUUACUGUACACUGUGAAGUGAGGGACGAGGAUGGCGCUGCUUAAGCUGCUCUAGUAUCCGUUGCGGAGGAAUUCUAGCACCGAACUGAGCGUUCUCGGGCUUAAUUUUACCUUACAAGUAUGUGUUUGUAUGUUGAUAAUCGCCGAUAAGAGCAUGCCAACAGUCCAGAAUUCUUUUCAGUACAGUUACUAACUGUUUGUUUACAUUUCAGAGGAACUUUAUUAUGAAAUGUCAAUUUAAUUCGCUGCUUGUUCUUUUUUUUAUAUUUUUUCGGUUUAUGUGCUACCAAAUAAACGUAGAUGCCGCAGCAAAAUAGAA